GCCCCCACCCUUCACACUCAGUAGCACUGGGAAGCUAUGGGGGCCAGAGCCGGGAGGGACAGGAAGAGAAGCAGACAGAUUUCCUGGAGCCGGGGCUCCUUCGGGCUCCGGCCAAAUAAGACUAUUGGCAAGUGGGCAGCGUGAUACCCGGCCCAUGGGGAUGGUUAAUAGAGUUUUAUCCCCUCUCCCUCCCCCGCCGCUGGCUGGGCCAGCAUGUGGACUCCCGUCUGCCUCGCCGCGCUGCUGGCCCUGGCCGGGAGGGGACUUGCGGGCCGCUGCCCCCGAACCUGUGUCUGUGACAACAUCCAGAGACACGUCGCGUGCAGGCGCCAGAACCUCACCGAGGUGCCCGUCACCAUCCCGCAGAUGACCCAGAGGCUGGAUCUCCAAGGCAACGCCCUGAAGGUGCUUCCCCGGGAGGCCUUCCUCUCCCUGCCCUACCUCACUCAUCUGGACCUGAGGUACUGCCAGCUAGAGCGGGUGGAAGAAGGGGCGUUCCGGGGCCUGGGCCGGCUGGUCUACCUCAACCUGGCCUCCAACCGUCUCUCGGUCCUCUUCCAAGAGGCCCUGGCCGGGCUGGGCUCGCUGCGGCAGCUGGUUCUGGAGCACAACCAGCUGGAAGAGAUCCGCCCGGGGGCCUUCAGCCAGCUGGGGUCGCUGGCCCUGCUCAGCCUGGCCCACAACUCCCUGGUCUACCUGCCGGACAUGGCCUUCCAGGGGCUGCUCCAGGCGCGCUGGCUGCGCCUCUCGCACAACACCCUCCACGUCCUGGCCCCGGAGGCCUUGGCCGGCCUGCCGGGCCUGCGCAGGCUCAGCCUGGACCACAACGAGCUGCAGGCCCUCCCUGGGGAGGCUCUGUCCCGCCCCGACGGCCUGGUUCAGCUGGAGCUGGGUCACAAUCCACUCACCUACGUGGGCGAGGAGGAUGGGCUGGCCCUGCGGGCUCUGCGAGACCUGGCCCUCGACCACGCUGCCCUGCAGGAAGUGGGCGCCGGGGCCUUUGCCCGCUGUCCCCGCCUCCGAGCGCUGGACCUCCGGAGCAACCAGCUGGGGGGGCUGCCCCCUCUCCAGGGGCUGGGCCAGCUGCGGAAGCUCAACCUGAGCGGGAACCCACUGCUGUGUGACUGCACGGUCCGGCCCCUCUGGGAAUGGGUGGCCAGGGCCCGGUUCCACACUGACGGGCUGUGCUCUGAGCCCAGCCACCUGAGGGGGGAGGCUCUUGAGUCUCUGAGGGCCAAGGAUCUGUUCUGCUGGAGGCAGGGAGACAGGGAGGGGGACGGAGAGGAGGUGGCCCCCAAGCCUUGGGCCCCGGAGGAGGACAGAGCCAGCCAGCCCUGCCCCACGGCCUGCGUCUGCUCCCCGGACUCCCGGCACAGCAGCUGCGAGAACAGGGGGCUGAGGCUCAUCCCCUCCGGCUUCCCCAACCACACCCAGCUCCUGGACCUGCGGCGAAACAGCUUCUCCUCCGUCCCCGGGGGCUCCUUCCCCGGCCUGGCCCACCUGGUGUCCCUGCACCUCCAGCACUGUGGUCUCACCCGCCUAGAGGCCGGGGCCCUCACCGGGCUGGGCCAGCUGGUCUACCUCUACCUCUCCGACAACCGGCUCUCGGGACUCAGCGCUGCCGCCCUGCAGGGCACCCCCCGGCUCCGUUACCUGUACCUGGACCGCAACCGCUUCCUGCACAUGCCCGGGGCUGCCCUGGAGGUCCUGCCCAGGCUCUUCGCCCUCCACCUGGAGCACAACGCUCUCCAGCAUCUGGCCAUGGCUGACCUGGCUGGGCCCAAGGGGCUCCGCCGCCUCUAUGUGAGCAGAAACAACAUCUCUCACGUGGGCCCGGGCCCAGCCCUGGAGCUGGAAACGCUGCAUCUGGACAGGAAUCAGCUCCAGACUGUGCCCACGGCAGCCUUGGAGGGGCUGCCCGCCCUGAGGGAACUGCAGCUGUCCGGCAACCCCCUCCGGGUCCUGGGAGACAAGGCCUUCCUGCCCGUGGCCGGCUCCCUGCAGCACCUCUACCUGAAUGGCACCGGGCUGCAGCAGAUUUCUCCAGGGGCCUUUGCUGGUCUGGGACCUGGCCUCAAGAGCUUGUACCUGGAGAAAAACCGGCUGCAGACGUUACCCACCAUGGACAGUUUCACGAGGCUGGAGCUCAUCAACCUCAGUGAGAAUCCCUUCCACUGUGACUGCCGGCUCCUCCCGCUGCACAGGUGGCUUGCUGGCCUGAACCUUCGAGUAGGGGCCACCUGUGAGUUCCCAGCCAGAGCCCGGGGCCAGAAGGUACAGGCGGCCACAGCCAUUUUUGAGGCCUGCCCAGGCUGGAGGACCAAGAAAAGCAAAGGGAUCCCAGUCUCGGUCCAGCGAAAAGCUAGGAAAGCCCGAAGCAAGAAGAAGCAGUUGGGAGCAGUCAAGGUAUUAAAGACAAGACCCAGGAAAAGGACCACACAUGUUUGAGAGCCCGAACCCAAGCAGAAGACUGCCGGACCUGCCUGUACUUUUUCAGCUAACUUUCCAGCCCAUUUCAGAUGGUGCCCCUGGAUGGACAUGAGAAGUUGACUCAUGUCUUUGGCUGUCUUGCUUACAGUUUUCAACUCAUCCUCUGACACAAUUAACUCACUUCUUAUCUGUCUGGUGGAAGGGGUGUCUUGCCCAAUAUCCUGUUCUCUUGAAAUAAAAUGAAAACAAGCAGAAGUUUGGUAUUAUUUCUCUCUUUUAAGCCAGGUUGGGGAGAGGAACUUCCUUUUUCCUUUUAAUUUUUUUAAUUCUGAAUUUAAACAUCCCCACAAUGAAUAUUUCCACCUUUACAGCAGAAGGCAAAAAGAAUUAGAAAUCAUAAAUCUCCAUUUCAUAUCACUUUUUUUCCUUUUCUUUUCAACCCCAGGCAAUCAGUGGUAAGAGACUUGCCCGGGGUCACACAAUUAUUAAGUGUCAAGUAUCUGAAACUGGA